CCGGAGAGAACCGGGCCGGACCGGACCGGACCGGACCAACUGACAAGACUAUCUCUCUCCCCCACACUGAAAUUAUUGAGUAAGUGAGAGGAGGGGAAGAAAAACAAUCUCUCACUUUGUCUUUUCUCUCUCAUAGAAAACAUAGAAAGUGGUGGAAGAUGCCGAGGCCAGGGCCAAGACCGUACGACUGUAUCAGAAGAGCUUGGCAUAGUGACAGACACCAACCCAUGAGGGGUUUGCUCAUCCAAGAGAUUUUCAGGAUUGUUUGUGAGAUUCACAGCCAGUCCACCAAGAAGAACACAGAAUGGCAAGAGAAGCUCCCUGUGGUUGUCUUGAGAGCUGAGGAAAUCAUGUACUCCAAAGCCAAUUCUGAGGCCGAGUAUAUGGACAUGAAGACCCUUUUAGACCGUACAAACGACGCCAUUAACACCAUAAUCCGACUCGAUGAAACCACGGAAACAGGGGAAUUUCUUCAGCCUUGUAUUGAAGCUGCAUUGCAUUUGGGCUGCACGCCAAGGAGAGCCACAAGGAGCCAACGGAACAUAAACGCAAGAUGUUAUCUUAGCCAAGACUCAACUAACCUGGACGCCAUUCUCUCACCGCAAUACCAAGUUUUCAUGAAACCAGACAACUUUGCUGCAAAGAAUCUUCCUGUCAUGACUUUUCAGAAGGAAGAGAAGCGGGUCGACAAAUGCCCUGUCUCCAAGUACUCAAGCUACCCUUUAUGCUAUUCCAUCAGGGUUCCUUCUUCGCCGACCUCUAACGAUGUCACUGACUCGUGCAAGUCCAAGAACAGACCGGCGAGUACUGUCGUAGAUGCAAGAAACGGCAUCACCUUUGGUGGGUGUGAUCUAUCUUUGCGCUUAGGUCCUCUCGGAGAUGUCAGAUCUCCUACUCAAAAACGGAGUAAGAUCAGCAGCAGCAACAACAAUAACAGCUGAAUAAGGAGAGCAGCAUGAUUAGGUCUUUUUUUUUGGUUCCUCUGUAGUUUCUUAGGUGUUUUGUGUAGAUGUAAAUAGGGAGAUGAGAACAUGCAAAUGAAGCAAAAUGGGUCUGAAGUCUUCUUCUCGUGCAUUAAUCUCGAAUCAUCAGACUUCAAUCUACUUUUUAGUUGCACAAUUCUACAUCUGUAAUUGGAUUCUCCACCGUAAUUGUCGAAAGACGUUAGUUAAACU